AUGAAUACGGACGAAGAAAACAAAUUGAAUGAAUGUCUGAAUUUGAUUAUUGAGAAAGUCUGUGAAGUUUUAACACAAUUAAAAAGCAAACAAGAAUCUACUACAUCAGAAACAGAUCUGUCCAUUGCUAUACCAACCACCACUCAAAGGACAACAAUAACUACUACUGACGAUAAUGAUCUUUUGCUCGAUAAUUCUAUACAGAAUAAUAAUGUAAACACAUUUACUGUCGAUAAUGACGAAAACGACUUGUUAGAUACACUGACGAAUGAUCUUCAAAAUAUUUUGAAACAUCGUUUACCAGAGUUAUCCAAGCUCUUCUUCACUCAGAGAUUAACAGCCACUAUUCUUUAUACACUCAAACAUAAUUUAAAGGGACUUUUGUUGGCUGUGAAAGCCUAUCCCGCUGCAUUAAAUGGAGAUCUAACCACAGUACAAGGUUUUCUCAAACGUUAUCGAGACUAUAAAGAUAAGUCAGGUUUUUGGGGUACAACACUGUUAUAUUCGGCUGCACGAAAUAAUCAUAUGCAAUUGGUUCGAUAUUUAAUUGAAACAGUUGGCUGUUCUGUAAAUGCUCAAAAUCAAGGUGAUAUCAAUUAUAUAUUGGUAACAGAUAACGACAAUGCUCGACCAGAUCCCAAUACUUUAGGCUACGAUCCGGAUCCGAAAGCAAGUUCCACAGCAUUACAUGCUGCAUGUUUUAAUAAUAAUUUAAAUAUUGUGAAGUAUUUGAUCGAUAAAGGUGCAAAUUAUUUAUUAAGAAAUCAGUUAGGUGAAACGCCUAUUGAAAAUGGCGAGGGUCAUCAACAAAUACGAGACUUCUUUAAAGAUUAUCUUGUACUGACGUAUACGAAUCUACCGAAUGCAUCGAUACCUAGUGAACCGAUUCUAGAUUGUCAUGAUCGUGUACCAAACAAUUGUGUUUGGGAAUAUAAACCGGUGAAAGGAUUUGAAUGGGAAGAAUUCACCAAAAGCGAACAUGAUACAUGA